UCUCUCUCUCUCUUCUCUUUCGCAGACUGACCCUGCUGAUAUAAUAUUUGUCUCCAACCAGCUUUCGAAUUCUCAAACCUCUCUCCCUCUCUCUCUUCUUUCUCUCUCUAAAACACUAUAGACUCUCUCUCUCUAUCCGCAUCUAUCGUCCAAGAAAACAAAAGCCGAUUCUAUUUCUAACCCAAAGAUUGGUUCUUUUUCCUCUUUUUCUCUGUUUUUAUUUUCCAGGAAAAACAUCACCUUUGCCGAGAAAGUUUGAAUAUUCUCGAGAAUUCUCGCUCAAACCUGAGAUUUCUUGGUGGGGUUUGGUUCUCGGGUCGAGAAUUUAAAAGGGUUUUGGCUUCGGAAGGAGAUGAAGAUCGGGGAAGAUGGUCGGAGUUCGCCGGUGUGUGGAUGAUCCAGUAGCGCGAUGGUUUCAGACUCUGGUGAUUUCUAGGUUUUGUGCUGCGUAGAUUUUUGGGGCUUUGAUUAGGGCUUCUGGCAAGCAGUUGAAGUAUAACAAAAUAGUUGAGCAGUAUGGUUGCAAAAAGUGCUACAAGUUCUCCUAGUCCUAAAGUGGAGGUGGGAGAGAUCGAUACCAGGGCACCUUUCCAAUCUGUUAAAGAUGCCGUUUCACUGUUUGGUGAAGGUGCAUUCUCUGGGGAGAAACCUGCAAUUAAGAAGGCAAAAGCUCAUUCAGCAGAGAGGAUAGUAGUCAAUGAGACACAGCUUCACCUGGCCCAGAAAGAACUGAACAAGUUGAAGGAACAACUGAAGAAUGCUGAAACUACUAAAGCCCAAGCACUUGUGGAGCUUGAAAAAUCCAAGGCAACUCUCGAGGAUUUGUCAAAAAAGGUGAAAUCCCUCACUGAAAGUAAAGAAUUUGCAAUAAAGGCGACAGAAGCUGCAAAAAGUCAGGCAAAGCAACUUGAAGAAGCAAACUCUGGCAACCUUGGGGGAACUGAUGGUGCUUGGAAAGAAGACUUGGAAUCUGCAAGAGCACAGUAUUUGAGUGUGAUUACUGAACUUAAUGCUGCAAAGCAAGAGUUACAGAAAAUUCGUCAGGACUGUGAUGCAUCUUUGGAAGCAAAAACUGCUGCCAUCAAGCAGGCAGCAGAAGCUGAAGAUGCAGCCAAAGCCAAUGCGGAGAAGGUUAAUGAGCUAUCUAAGGAAAUUUCAGCAGUACAAGAAUCAAUUGGGCAAGUGAAGCUCGCCUCUAUGGAAGCCCAGCAGGAGCAAGUAAAGAUAUUUGCUGAGAAGGAUGUGUUGAGGCAGUCCUAUAAAGCUUCAUUGGAAGAGUCAGCAAAGAAAUUGCUCUCUCUGAAAAAAGAGUUUGAUCCAGAACUUUCCAGAAAUCUUGAAGCACAACUAUCUGAAACGUUGAAUGAAGUUGGAGCAUUGCAAAAACAAAUGGAGAAUGCAAAGGCUUCGGAUUUAGAUUCUGUCAAAACUGUCACUUUGGAGCUGGAUGAUGCCAAGGAAUCACUGAAUAAAGUAGCUGAAGAAGAAAGCAGUCUCAGAAACUUAGUUGAAGCCCUCAAGGCGGAACUUGAGAAUGUGAGGAAAGAACAUAAUGAACUGAAGGAGAAGGAAGCAGAAACGGAAUCACUUGCUGGGAAUUUACAUGUUAAACUGCGGAAAACUAAGUAUGAGCUUGAAGCCUGCCUAGCAGAAGAAUCUAAAGCAAGAGGCGCUUCCAAUGAAAUGAUAGCUACACUAAACCAGCUAUCGUCGGAAACUGAAAAUGCAAGACGAGAAGCAGAAGAGAUGAAGAUAAAAGCAGAGGAGUUGAAGAAGGAAGCGGAAACCACCAAAAUUGCAGUAAAGGAAGCAGAAAAGAAGCUGAGACUUGCUUUGGUAGAAGCCGAAGAGGCUAAAGCCGCAGAAGAAAGGGCCCUUGAACAGAUUAGAGUCCUAUCUGAGAGAACUAACGCUGCUAGGGCAUCAACAUCCGAGUCUGGUGCCAAGAUCACUAUAUCAAAGGACGAAUACGAGUCUUUGAGCCGAAAGGUUGAGGAGUCUGAUACAUUGGCAGAAAUGAAAGUGGCUGCUGCCAUGGCUCAGGUGGAAGCUGUGAAGGCUAGUGAAAAUGAGGCCUUGAAGAGGAUAGAGGCAACCCAGAAGGAAAUCGAGGAUAUGAAGUCUGCAACUGAGGAGGCCAAAAAGAGGGCAGAAAUGGCUGAAGCCGCCAAAAAGGCAGUGGAAGGAGAGCUCCGAAGGUGGCGAGAAAGGGAGCAGAAGAAAGCCGCAGAUGCUGCAUCGCGGAUAUUGGCAGAAACAGAGACAUCGGUGGAAUCAUCCCCACGCCAUUACAGGGUUCAAAAGCAGAACCCUGAGACGAAAACUGUUGUGGCCCAGAAGUUGGACAAAGAUAAGACAUCCAUUUCGAAGAAAACACUCUUGCCUACUCUCAGCGGCAUGUUUAAUAGAAAAAAGAACCAGGUCGAGGGCGGCUCCCCUUCUUAUCUCCCCGGUGAGAAACCCCUUUGAUGUCUGCGUUUGCCACGCUUGUGUCGAGAUUAUGAACAAGUUUGGUUGUGUCCGCAUUUUGUGAAGAAGUUUGGGGAGAAGUAGAAAAAAGAGGGGUGUGAGAUUAGUGAGAUUUGGAUGCAACUCCAGGGAACGUGUGAUUUUGUAUAUUGGGACAGACAAUUCUUGGAUGAUCGGUUGAAGUUUUUCUGUAGAAAUGAAGUGUCGAGUAUUUUAGCCUUUUGCUUUUCUUA